AUGUGCCGGCAGAAGCCGGGUGGGCGUGUGAAAUGUCCAUUAUCUGACGAGGUUCUGACGGGGCCAGAUCCACCGCACUGCGGGUAUGUGCGGCGCUGGCAAAAGGAGUACCAUAUUCGUAACGACAGCUUCGGUAGUCUUGGAAUUACACUUUCAAUCUGUCUGUCUGUCUGUCUAUUUAUUUAUCCAUCUCAUCUGUCCAUACCUAUCUAUCUAUCUAUCUAUCUAUCUAUCAAUCUAUCUAUCUAUCUAUCUAGCCUAUUCAUAUCUAUCUAUCUAUCUAUCUAUCUAUCUAUCUAUCUAUCCCAGUUUAUUCAUAUCUAUGUCAGUCUGUUCAUAUCUAUCUAUCUAUCUAUCUAUCUAUCUAUCUAUCUAUCUAUCUAUCUAUCUAUCUAUGUAGCCUGUUCAUAUCUAUCUAUCUAUCUAUCUAUCUAUCUAUCUAUCUAUCUAUCUAUCUAUCCCAGUUUAUUCAUAUCUAUGUCAGUCUGUUCAUAUCUAUCUAUCUAUCUAUCUAUCUAUCUAUCUAUCUAUCUAUCUAUCUAUCUAUCCCAGUUUAUUCAUAUCUAUGCCAGUCUGUUCAUAUCUAUCUAUCUAUCUAUCUAUCUAUCUAUCUAA